UGAGAGUUUGUGGCGGGCCGAGUAUUCCCAUUCAGUUUAGCGGUACAAUUUGUAAGCCACACUUCGCGUUUCUGACAUAACACCCUGUUUACGGUACGAUUUCGUCACGAGUCAUUGCAUCAAUAUAACGAUUGUCUCGACAUCAAAUUUCUCGGAAUAUAAAAAAUAAAGAAUGACGAAUAAACGUGUAGUGUUAAUAGAUAAAGCAACGAAAAUAUCGAUCGAAAGAAGAAAGUAGAUAAACAAAAUCGAAGAUAAAAGAUUCCGAAGAAACGUAAAUGGUGGGAAGUUACUCCGUUACUCUCGAUCUCAGUAUUGUUGGAAACCAAAAGCAUAUAACCGAGAAAGAUCGUAAACCUCUCUGGGCGUGAAUGAUAUCGAGCUAUCUCAAAUACAAGCAUCGAUUCGUAAGGUGAAAAACGACGGAAGAGGAGUGAACUUAAUCGUCUGUGAUGAUCGACACGAAGAAGCUAUCUCUCUCGCACCGUGAACACCUUUUCAUUUUAUAGUUAUACUAGGAAGAACUCGAUCCACGUCGUAGAGUAUCUAUCCUGUAAUAUUUUAUGCUUUUUCGGAUGAGAUAAAUUAAUUAUCUCGGUGUUGUUUUUUUAUUAUUAAUUAUUUGAUUAAUGUGUGCAACUGUAAAUGAAAACGACCGAUUGGCAUAAAUUCAAAUCGAUUAGUUAUAUAUAGGAAGUUAAUCGAUGUUAAUGAGACGUGCCAAGGUAACCUGGGGAGCUUCGAGGACUCGCAAAGAAGUGAAAAGAAAAUCUGAGAAAAAGAAUUCUGAACUGAUAAUAAUAAUCGGCAUUGGAUUUAUCGAUUUAACCCGAGAGGAUAUCGCGAGAGAGUCGACAGCUAUUGAGUUACGAGAAGCAGUUUAUAAUGUCACUUAACACUCCUGUCUUGAUGCAAGCGGUGGUUACUUCAAGAUCGAGACGAGCUCUACCGUAUGUCAUCACGGUUCGCACCUUAACUUUAUUUUCUCGAUGGGAUUACAUCGGCCUGGUCGUUAACCGUUCUAAAUUUCUCGACACUUGUGUAUCAUCGUGUUUAGAACUAACACGAACUAAAAACAUAUCGAAGAGUGUAAUGAAUUUCGAGUGUUAACUAAGUAAAUUAAAAGCGUUAACAAACGAUAUAUGUCAAAACCUAUUGGAAGAUGGAUCGUUCGGAACGAAAAAAAAAAGAAACUAAGCCGAUCAACAUUACGUCCUUUUUCAUUCGACGAUCGUCGAAUUAAAGUGAUUAAUCGUUUGAUCGUUGAGUUAGAUACUACAGUCGUAUUUUGCCUACUUGUAUAACUCCGAAUUUUCAUUAACUCACGUACGAAUAAUAAUAAUAAUAAGGUAGGCGCAAUGAAAAUUUUUUAAACCAAGAUAGGCGAAUAUGCAAGACGCGUUCGUAUUGCAUGGGGCGUAAGAAAUUCUUCGCCGUGGACAAAAAAAAGAAAAGAAAAGAAAAAGAUAGGAAGAAAGAAAGAAAGAAAGAAAGAAGAACCGUGAAAAAGAAGGGAAAGGUUUGAGAAUUUUUCUCGCGAGAAGAGAUGCUUUCUACGAUGUCGAGCGUCGCACUAGAAUUAAAUUCGUCAUUUUAUACGACCGUCAUUAGAAGUGGCGCUUUGGAUGGGUUUUCAGUUUCAGUGAUCGAACCUAAAAAUGCAACUUCGACGCUUUACAUGUUACCGAUGUAUAUUAGAACAACAUCUAUGAUUAUUUGCAUAAUCGUCAUGGCACUUGGUAUAAUAGGAAAUCUCAUGGUACCUUUGGUCGUUCUACGAGGCAAAGAUAUGAGAAACAGCACCAACAUUUUUCUCGUAAAUUUGAGCGUGGCCGAUUUGUUCGUCCUUUUAAUAUGCACACCGACCGUAUUGGUGGAAGUCAAUUCUGGUCCUCAGGUUUGGCCACUCGGUGAACACAUGUGUAAAGCUGUUCCAUUUGUGGAAUUGACUGUAGCACAUGCCUCGGUUUUAACGAUUUUGGCAAUUAGUUUCGAACGAUAUUAUGCGAUUUGUGAGCCGUUGAGAGCAGGAUACGUUUGCACGAAGGCCAGAGCAACGUUUCUUUGCUUUCUUGCCUGGGUGGCAGCAGCUCUUUGUACAAGUCCUAUACUUUUGAUGGUAACCUACGAAUUGGAAGAAAUCGACGAUACGUUUAUACCGACCUGUUACACUUCUGCCAAUGCAACAUGGAUGAAUGUUUUUGUCCUUACUACGAUAAUCGUCUUUUUCGUCGUACCACUGUUAAUUUUAAUGGUUCUCUACACGGUGAUAGCAUUACACCUCAUGGCAAAUCCUGCGAUAAGCCGUGGUCCAGCUAAUAAUUUGUUAAAGUAUCGUAAACAGGUUGUGCUAAUGUUAGGUACAGUUGUAUUAUGCUUUUUUCUUUGUUUAUUACCUUUUCGAGCAUUAACCUUAUGGAUAAUCGUAGUACCGCAAGAAAUGAUAAUCAAUCUUGGAAUCGAAGGAUAUUACAGUCUCUUAUAUUUCUGUAGAGUAAUGUUGUAUUUAAAUUCAGCGAUUAAUCCUAUUUUAUACAAUUUAAUGUCUACCAAAUUUAGAGAAGGUUUUUUGAGACUUUGUGGAUUGGGUCCUGCAAGGAAAAGAAAGAAAAAGACUUCGGACAGAACUGGAACAUAUACAACUGGUUCGACAAACUGUAGUAGCAGUAAUCAUUCUGAUUUUUGGAGGAGGCAUAGCAGUAAUAAAAGUUGCAAUGUAAAAGUACCUAGUAAUACAUGUACUACUGUCUCUAUGGAAAAACAAAUUAAUAUUCCUUUACUCACGGCUGUCGUUGCUGGAAAUAUUGUUAAAAAAAAGCAAGAAAGUUACGUUUAGGAACAAUUCAAAAAUUGUAGUAUUCAUUAAUUAGAGAUAUUGUUGUAAAAAUAUAUAUUGUAUGAAUUUAUAUAUAUAUAUAUAU